CUUUGGCAAGCUUCCAGUUGGGGGUCCUCAAGGUCCCUGUAGCCCGAACGGAUACUUGUUGCCCGCCCACGCCGUGCCUGCUCUCUGAAGUCUCAGCGUCUCCAGUGCCGGUCGGGCAACAUUUUUCGCUGAUUUUUUUCCAGUCUCCAGUUUAGUUGCCGUGCUGUUGCAAGGCUCCACCUGUCCCGCUUCCUGCUGAGAGGGAAUCCACUUUUUGCGAUAAACUUCACGUCCAGUCUUGUUCUGCCUUCCACUCCUGUGACUUCAACGUUUGAACCUCUCCAUAUCCGCCCAUUCUUUGCCUGUCGACGUCUCCCUUGAUUGUCGCCAAACCUCCAUAUACCCCCCCAAGCAGACCUUCUUUGUUGUGUUCUUCAUAUCCAGCCGCCAAGAUGUCUGUCGUCGGUGUCGAUUUCGGCGCUCUUAAUACCGUCAUUGCUGUUGCCAGAAACCGCGGUGUCGAUGUCAUCACAAACGAAGUCUCCAACCGGGCUACUCCUUCGCUCGUUGGCUUUGGCCCCAAGAGCCGGUAUAUCGGUGAGCCCGCCAAGACCCAGGAGAUCUCCAACCUGAAGAACACCGUCGGCUGCCUCAAGCGCCUCGCCGGCCGCACUCUCGACGACCCCGAUGUCGCCAUUGAGCAGCAAUUCAUCUCCGCCACCUUGGUCGACGUCAAUGGCGAGGUCGGUGCCGAGGUCACCUACCUCGGCGAGAAGCGCAAGUUCUCCGCCACAGAGCUCAUCGCCAUGUUCAUGAGCAAGAUCAAGCAGACCACCCAGGCUGAGGUCAAGGUCGCCGUCCAGGAGCUUGUCUUGAGCGUCCCCGCCUGGUUCACCGACAAGCAGCGCAGGAGCAUCUUGGAUGCCGCCGAGAUUGCCGGUCUCCGUCCCCUCCGCCUCAUCAACGACACCACCGCUGCCGCUCUCGGCUGGGGCAUCACAAAACUCGACCUUCCCGGCCCCGAGGAGAAGCCCAGGAGAGUCGCCUUUGUCGAUGUCGGCUACUCCAACUACACGUGCUCCAUUGUCGAGUUCAAGAAGGGUGAGCUUUCCGUCAAGUCCACCGCCUGCGACCGUCACUUUGGCGGCCGCAACUUCGACAAGGCCCUGCUCGACCAUCUUCAUAAGGAGUUCCUGGGCAAGUACAAGAUCGACAUCUUCACCAACCCCAAGGCCGUCUGCCGUGUCCUCGCCGCUGCCGAGAAGCUCAAGAAGAUCCUUUCUGCCAACCAGCAGGCUCCUCUCAACAUCGAGUCCCUCAUGAACGACAUCGAUGUCCGCGCCAUGAUCACCCGCCAGGAGUUCGAGGCCAUGGUCGAGCCCCUCCUCGCCAAGGUCCACGUUCCCCUCGAGCAGGCCCUCGCCGACGCCAAGCUCACCAAGGACGAUAUCGACAUCAUCGAGGUCGUCGGUGGUGGCUCUCGUGUCCCCUCCGUCAAGGAGCGCAUCCAGGCUUUCUUCGGCAAGCAGCUUUCCUUCACCAUGAACCAGGAUGAGGCCAUUGCCCGUGGCUGCGCUUUCAGCUGCGCCAUCCUCUCCCCUGUCUUCAAGGUCCGCGACUUCCAGGUCCAGGACAUCAUCAACUACCCCAUCGAGUUCACCUGGGAGAAGGAUGCCGAUAUUCCCGAUGAGGACACCAGCCUCGUUGUCUUCAACAAGGGCAACGUCCUUCCUUCCACCAAGAUUCUUACCUUCUACCGCAAGCAGCCUUUCGAUCUCGAGGCCAGGUACACUAACCCCGAGGAGCUCCCCGGCAAGACGUCGCCUUUCAUUGGCCGCUUCUCCAUCAAGGGUGUUCAUGCCACCGAGGGUCCCGAGGACUUUAUGAUUUGCAAGCUCAAGGCUCGUAUCAACAUCCAUGGCAUCCUUAACGUUGAGAGCGCCUACUACGUCGAAGACCAGGAGGUCGAGGAGGAGGUCAAGGAUGAGAACGGUGAUGUUGUCAUGGAAGGCGACAAGCCCAAGACCCGCAAGGUCAAGAAGCAGGUCCGCAAGGGCGAGCUUCCUGUCGUCAGCGCCACCCCGUCCCUCGACCCCGCCGCCAAGAACGCCGCCAUUGAGAGGGAGCAGGCCAUGAUCAUGGAGGACAAGCUCGUUGCCGAUACCGAGGAGAAGAAGAACGAGCUCGAGACCUACAUCUACGACCUUCGCAACAAGCUCGACGACCAGUACGCUGACCUCGCCUCCGAGGAGGAGAAGGAGAAGAUCCGUGCUAAGCUCAUGGAGGUUGAGGACUGGCUCUACGAUGAGGGUGACGAUGCCACCAAGGCUGUCUACGUCGCCAAGAUCGAAGAGAUCCGCGCCCUCGCCGGCCCCGUCGUCCAGCGCUACUUCGACAAGGUUGAGGCCGAGAGGCAAGCUCUCCAGGAGAAGCUCGAGGCCGAGAAGGCGGCCAAGAAGGCUGAGGAGGAGGCCCGCAAGGCCAAGGAGGCUGCCGAGAAGGCCGCCCAAGAAGGUGCCAAGGACGACGAGAUGACCGAUGCCGACGCUCCGAAGCCUGUCGUCGAGGAGGCUUAGAAAGUUGUAGACUCGAAGCAGAAGCAGGAGGAAAACGCCAUGAAGUCGGAGUCGGACUCAGCGUCGGGGGCACCGACCCCCGCGUCGGAAGUCAGUGAUGUGAUGCUGUCAGAUCACGACGAGUCGCCCAGGCCUGCCGCGGAGUCGACGGAGGCCGAGAAGGCGAAUAAGAUUUACAUGAUGAAGGUGGAUUGAAAUGAGAUAAUGACAUGUUGUGCCUACUCCAAGAAGAGAAAAAGGCAAGCUUGUUGAUGAUGAAAGAAGAGAAAAGACCAGCAUACCCAACUACACAUACCCACUCAUACUUUCACAAACACAUCCAUAUUCACGUUCACGUUUACAUUAUGAUGUCAUAACCAAUUCAAUUUGGAACUUCACAGAGGCUUCUCAAGGUGUUCAUAUAGGUUUUAUGUGUGUUUUCUUUUUCUCUCUUGUUAUGAUGGCUGAUUUCACGCACUUUGAUGGGUAAGAAGGGGAGGAGGAAAAAGAUGGAAAUAAAAGUUUCUUUUUGAUACAGCUUUUUAUAGAAGGAAAAGAAUUUUCAAGACAUGCCCGUUUUAUGACCACUGCA